AUGAAGUCCAGCAGGACACCUCCGGACGGGGGGUACGGCUGGGUGGUGGUCAUGUCGGCCUUUUUCAUCAUGGGUCUCACUGCUGCCGUCCUCAAGAACUUUGGCCUCUUCUUCCUGGACAUCCAGAGUCAUUUUGGAGUUCUGACCAGCACCACCUCAUUGGUCACCUCUACUACAAUCGCCAUUUUUCACCUGGGAGCUCCAGUGGCCAGUGUGCUGACCUUACAGUUUUCUCAGCGAGUGGUCAUCAUAGUCGGAGGUCUGCUGUCUGCCUCCGGGAUGUUGCUGGCGUCUCUGGACCUCAGUCUGCCCUGGCUCUACCUCACCAUGGGCAUCCUGCAAGGAACAGGCAUUUGCCUCUCGUGGAUCCCUGCCAACAGCAUACUGAGCCACUACUUUGUACGGUGGCGUCCCAUCGCCUACGCCAUUGCCAGCUCUGGGGAGUGUGUCUUCGCCAUCUUGUUCAGCCCCUUUUUCCAGUGGCUAAUUGAGUUGUACGGCUGGCAGGGUGCCUUGCUUAUCAUCGGAGGCCUUCAGCUCAACCUGUGCGUCUGCGGUGCUCUCAUGAGACCCCUGGAGGCAAACCAGAGCCCGUUACAAAAUACCAAAUACAAUCUAGAAGGCAAUGCUGCUGUGCUCCCACCAAAGAGGAAGGUUAUCUUCCAGUUCUCCCUGAUGAGAAAACCUGAACUACUCCUCUACAUCCUGUUUGCCAUCUUCGCAGCGGCAGGGUUUUUCAUCCCACCUCUCUUUCUAGUGCCCUUCGCAAACAGUUUAGGGACGGAUAAGUACUGGCCAGCUUUCACCCUAUCUAUCCUGGCAUUAGCAGACCUGGUGGGGAGGCUGCUCUGCGGGUGGAUGGCCAAUAUGAAGCUGGUGAGGAACCUGCAGCUGCUUACCAUCAUGGUCACUCUGCUCGGGGUAGUGCUCCUGCUGCUGCCCAUAAGUAACAACUACUGGACCCUCCUGGCCUUUGCCUCGCUCUACGGCUUCCUGUUUGGCUGCGUGGUGGCCAUUCACGUCACCUCCAUCGUGGACAUUGUGACCCUGGAUGGAUUCGACAGCGGACUGGGCCUUUUUAUGCUUUUCAGGAGCAUCAGUGGUUUCAUCGGUCCACCUGCUGCAGGCUGGCUGAUGGACCAGACAAACGACUACAGCGCUGCCUUCUACCUCUCAGGCGUCUGCUUCAUAUUAGCAGCAGUGUUUGUUGCCCUGGUCGACCACCUUGUUCAGAGGAGAACACUAAUGGAGGCUGAAGUUCAUCAGGCGAUCAUCCAUGACGACUCAGAAGCAGGACGAGUCAAGUGAGACUCUGUUUCAUGAGGAUGUUUACCUUUUUAUGAGCCUGGUUUAUGUCAUUAACUGUGUCAGUCC